AUGGACAUGGAGAGAGUAUCAGAGUCAUUCCCUAUCUCCUUAAAGGUAACAGUAGUGUGGGUAGUUGGCACCUUGUAUGGGGUGCAGAGCAGUGCCUCGUCUACCGUCGAUGACUCCGUGUUGCAGGAGGGCGGCGAGUCGUGGCAGGAGGCUGGCCGCCGCCUCACGCUGUACGGACGCGCCGCCAAGUUCCGGCGACAGAAGAAGGCCGCCAAGACGCUCGGCAUCGUCGUGGGCGGCUUCCUGCUCUGCUGGUUCCCCUUCUUCCUCAUCCUGCCCAUCGACGCGUCGUGCUCGUCGUGCGACCUGUCCGGCGCGCCGUUCACGUUCGCCUUCUGGUUGGGCUACUUCAACAGCUGCAUCAACCCGUUCAUCUACGCGUGCUCGUCGCGCGAGCUGCGGCGCGCCUUCCGCGCCACCCUCUGCUGCGCCUGCCGCGGGAGGCGGGCCGCCGCCGCCGGUGGCGCCACUGGCACUGGUGGCGCCUCCAGAAACCAUGACGAUAAGCUGCGGCGUUCCCCGUGA